GGCCGUGUUUUAGGAAGAGGAGGAGAAUUUGAUUUCUCUAAUGUCCGAGACGUGGUAAUGUGAGAUGGAUUUGUACGGGUGUCACCUUGUGCGGUGAUCCCGAUAAUCCAGGCGUUUAAGGAGAGACCAUCCAUGAGAAGGGUUUAUUUUGGAUGGAGAAAGGAAUAAAAGCUCAGUUGCCCGGCAGAACAGAUAAUGAAAUCAAGAACUUAUGGAAGAAGUUAAGGCAACCAGGGAUUGAUCCAAACACUCAUAAACCACUUACGGUAGUCAAUGAUGAUCGUAAAGAUCCAUCUGGGAGCAACGAGAAGAACUCACAGGGGUCAUCGUAUCUUGACGAGAAAAUAGAACCACCGGUGUUGGUGAUGGCGUCAUAUUACCCUCUAAUUGACAACCCUCCACCGGUGAGACAUGAGUUUCUCUUUAACAUGUUUGUAACGAGUCACGAAACUACAACCAAACAGACGGAUUCCCAUCAUCUCUCCAGAUUCAUCCCUUUUAGAUAUACACAGCAACCACCACCACCACCGACGGAAUCUACUGAUAUUUUCUUCAAUACUGAUUCCAAGCCAUAGUCGGAGCUAAUUACGGAAUACACAAGUGGUAUUUCCAACCCCUCCUCUCAGCUCUGCGGCGCAACACCGCCAAUUUCCAGCAACAGAGUAAUUGGGGCAGUGGCAAUAAUGGAAGCAACGGUGGGUUCUUCCUUAACAACGUUUGGUAUGGGAGUUGACACUACAGAUUGCAACAAAAAUCAAAAUCAAAUUAAUGGUGUAGAGGGUGAACAAGAUUACAUCAUAUGGAAUGAUCAAUUUCUCUAAGCUCCAGUUUUAAUUGGGAAAGCGUCGAUUGAGACCUGAAGUCAAUUUCGAGGUGAACCAGGAACUGUAUCAUGGUUAGCAAAGUGUGGAUACUUACAACAAGCAUUUUCAGAGGAUUUCUACAAGCUUUGGACAUUUUUCAUAGGUUUUCAGCAAAUUCAGAAAUUCAUUAAUGGUGUGAGCCUUCGUAGAGUUUUUUUCUUUUCUUUUGUAUUUAAAUUUGUGUAAACAUGUGUGUUGAGAGAGAUAGAGAAAAGUUGGGGCCUGUUAUUUUUUAAUUAUUUAAAUAAAUACAUAAGUAUUAUAUUAAAA